CUUUCCCUACAUACCACAUGACUACCAUGCCUUUCUAGGGCCACCCAUUAUUCCAUCAUCAUUAUCAUUACAAUUCAUUCUCAAAGAUUGAUCCAUUAUUCUCUGAUCUCUGUGAUGCCCUGCAAUUCUCAAAUGGGGUUUAAGCUUUCAUCAGUUUUAUGUCUAAGCAUGGUAUUCUGCUGCUGCUCUCUGCAAUGGGGAGAAGCUACUGUAACACACCCACAAGAAGUUGCAGCGCUGAAAAUCAUAGCAAAGAAAAUGAAAUAUGGGAUUUGGAUUUGGGACUUUAGUCAGGAUCCUUGCAGUGGGGGAAAAAGCUGGAAUUUGAAUAAAACUAAAGGAAAUGAAACUUUUGUUUCCUGCAAUUGCGGCAUACCUGGGGAGAAAUUUUGCCGCGUUACCCAUAUACUUCUCAAGAGACAGGACCUCUCUGGAGUGAUUCCACCAGAGUUCGUCAAUCUAACAUUUUAGAUGUUUAGAGAAUGUAAGUAGAAAAGAUGUGCUAGUGCUAAUUUGGAGGGAAAUGGAUAUUGAUUUCCAUCAGUAGUUACUUUUUAGAGCAUGACUGCUUAUUUGGUUGCUUAUUCAUUUCAAUUCAAGGAUAAACAAAAAAAUUUAUCUUCUUUUUCUAAAGAUUUUUGUGGUAGGGUUCUGUUUUGUCUAUAUUUGGCGGGUUUUGUAAAGGUAAGGACUUUUGGGAACAUUUCUAUUAUAACAAAAAAUAGGCUAAAUUUACUUUCGGCAAUACCAACAUAAAUAAGUAUAAUGUUAUAUCUU